UUAUCUCUCUCUGUCAAUGGAGUGAAAUCCUGUUAUGGUGUAUUUCAUAGUACUGACAACGAAACCAAGAAUCCAAUCUCAACUCUUUUCGCCUUCCCCCCCUGCCGUAUUCUGUUUCUUGUUGGGCUACUGAGAUGAGAUCAACACUAGGGAGUCAGAAAAGAUGAGAUUUUUAUUCAUCCGCCUCUAUCAAAAAGGAAGGGUCUUUAUUUUGUCUACCCAAAAGAUGAGAUUUUCUCCCCCUUCAGUUCCUGCAAUGAGAGUGAGGGAGAAUGAAGGGGACAAAUCUCAGUUUCUGUGGUUAUCUACAGGGACAUCCAAUGCCAAAAACUGUGAGAUUUUUGUAGCCGCACUGCUAUCCCUUUCUUAAUCUGGGGGCUCUCUACUUGGGUCCUUUGGCCGAAAAAGUGCAAGCUUUCUUAUUCCUGCCUCUGCCUGGUUUAUACCCCAUCCCCAUGCCACAUGGCCAGUGUUCUAGGGUGUCUCUUUUGCUUUGCAUCAUUGCAUUUGCUCUGCAAGUUAUGUUCUUUUAGAAACAUUGACAGAGAAGGAUGAUGAGGGCAGUACUGCUUUUCCCCCACUUUCUGCUGCCGGCAUUCUUGUUUAGGAAUUGGGGAGUGAGAGGUACUUCUGUAUCCAUACGUUCAUAGCUAUCUGCCGCUCUUCUCAUCUACCUUGCUUUCUGAAUUCCAAGCUCAGAAAGUAAAUUUAGUUGCCAGUUUUGCCUUCCGAUCUAAUGGCAAAAGAACAGGAUGGAUCCCCCAAGAUCCGCCAGCCAGAAUUCCAAAGGAUGCGUGUAACACUGACAAUAGGCGUCAUUGGGCUGUGUGUUACAUCAUACAUUCUUGGUGCUUGGCAAGGCACCUCAAAUAGCAUAAAAUCGUCCUUUAUAAACACCAAAGUCCGCUGCAAUGAUGCCGUUUCACGCGCCUCUAGCAGCACAUCAGUGCGAUCUUCUGGUGCUCGCCUUGAUUUCCAAGCCCACCACCAGGUGGGCUUCAAUGAAUCAUCGCUUGCCGUGGAGAAAUUCCAACCUUGCCAGCUCAAGUACAGUGAGUAUACCCCUUGCCAAGAUCCAAGGAAGGCUAGGAAAUUUCCAAAGAAAAUGAUGCAGUACAGGGAGAGGCACUGCCCUAAGAAAGAGGAACUGUUCAGAUGCUUGAUUCCUGCACCUCCAGACUACAAAAACCCCUUCAUGUGGCCGCAAAGUCGGGACUAUGCUUGGUAUGAUAACAUUCCUCAUCGAGAGCUGAGUAUUGAGAAGGCCGUUCAGAACUGGAUUCAAGUUGAGGGAGACCGGUUUAGAUUCCCUGGUGGUGGCACAAUGUUCCCACAUGGUGCUGAUGCUUAUAUUGAUGACAUCAAUGCUCUUGUACCAUUAACUGAUGGCAACAUCCGAACUGCACUUGAUACUGGAUGUGGGGUAGCAAGCUGGGGUGCUUAUCUUAUGAAGAGGAACAUCAUCACCAUGUCGUUUGCACCAAGGGAUUCACAUGAGGCUCAGGUGCAGUUUGCGUUGGAGCGGGGGGUGCCAGCUAUGAUUGGAGUGAUGGCGACCGAAAGAAUUCCAUAUCCUGCUAGAGCAUUUGACAUGGCGCAUUGCUCUAGAUGUUUGAUCCCGUGGAACAAGCUUGAUGGUGUCUACCUAAUUGAAGUAGAUAGAGUUCUUAGACCGGGGGGCUACUGGAUCCUCUCCGGGCCUCCAAUCCAUUGGAAGAGGCACUUUAAGGGGUGGGAGAGGACAGAAGAAGACCUGAAGCAAGAGCAAGAUGAGAUCGAGGACUUAGCAAAGCGUCUCUGCUGGAAGAAGGUCGUGGAGAAAGACGACCUUGCUAUAUGGCAGAAACCUAUCAAUCACAUAGAAUGUGUUGAUAGGAAGGUCCAUGAGACUCCACAGAUUUGCAAGAGCAAUGAUCUGGAUUCUGCUUGGUACAAGAAGAUGGAUACAUGCAUAUCUCCUCUUCCAGAUGUGAAGAGUGAAGAUGAAGUUGCUGGUGGAGCUCUUGAGAGAUGGCCAAAAAGAGCAUUAGCCGUUCCCCCAAGAAUAACUCGAGGUUCAGUCCCAGGCCUCAACCCUGAGAAAUUCCAAGAGGACAACAAACUGUGGUCAGAGAGAGUCGGUUACUACAAGAAAUUGAUUCCGCCACUGGCCAAAGGGCGAUACAGGAACGUGAUGGACAUGAAUGCAGGGAUGGGGAGUUUUGCAGCUGCUCUGAUGAAGCAUCCUCUUUGGGUGAUGAACGUAGUGCCUGCAGGCUCUACUCAUGACACCUUAGGUGUUAUUUAUGAACGAGGGUUCAUUGGAACGUACCAUGACUGGUGUGAGGCUUUCUCAACGUACCCGAGAACAUAUGACCUCAUCCAUGCUGAUAAAGUUUUCAGCAGUAAUCAGGAUAGGUGUGAGAUAACGUACAUUCUCUUGGAGGUGGACCGGAUUCUAAGGCCUGAAGGGACGGUGAUCAUGAGGGACACAGUGGAGGUGUUGGUGAAGGUACAAGCUAUUACUGAAGGCAUGAGGUGGAAGAGCCAAAUCUUGGAUCACGAGUCCGGUCCAUUCAACCCUGAGAAGAUCCUCGUGGCUGUCAAGACAUACUGGACGGGAGAGCCCUCCCAAAAACAAUAGCUGCUGCCUUGGUACUGUUUUUCAUCUGCAAAAAUCUUUCAGCCUUCCUGCUCAGUCUUCAUUGCCAAUUUUCUCCUGGUUUCAGGAUGUCUGUAUAUAGGAGGCAAUGUGAACUAUGUAGUCGGGAUAGGUGUCAAACAUCUUGCGGUCUGAACUCGUUAGCCACAUUGCAUGUUUGUGACACUUGCAAUGGUGUAUAAGAUGAUGUUUACUCAUA